CUGGUUUCUGUGAUCUCCCUGUAUUAGCAAAAAAAAAACAUGAUUUAAAAAAGAAUUUGGAAAGAAAAGAAAAGAGCGGGAAAUAAAUCCAAAGAUUUGACCAAGUUAAACCAAAACUUUUUUACUAUCUGAGAAAACCAUUCAGUUUCCCCAAAAUAAAAUAAAAAAUCAGCCUUAAAUCCCGUGUCUAGGGUUUUCUUUCGUAGCUGAUUGGGGGCUGCAAGAGUUUCGCCGAGGACGAUUGAGAAUUUUGAUUUUCGAAAAAUGGAUUCUGUGGAGGAAGAAGGUGUUGUUAGGGUUGAAGAAGAGAACGGACGCGGUGGUCUCCGUAGGCAUCGGAGGGUUUCUACGAAGCUGGCGAAUUACGUAGAUCCUCCGACUGACGACGAAGAAGAUGGAGGACCCAAGCGAAAGGGCAAAAGGGGUGGAAAUAGGGCUCCGAAAAAGACACCGAAGAAAGACGAGGAGAUGCAAAAGAACGAAAUUGAUGAAGCAAACCGAGUCACUGGUCUGGUGAAGGAAAAAAGAGCCGCGACUAAGAUUCUGAAUCGCAAAGACUCCAUUAUUGAAGUAGGAGAAGCUUCUGGAAGCAUGCCCAAGGAAGUAAAGGGAAUUAGGAUUGGGAAAAGGAAGGGAGAAAUCGAUGGUGAGAUUCCAACUAAGCCGGGCAAGAAGCCAAAGACUACAGUAGACCCGAGAAUCAUUGGUUACAGACCGGACAAUAUGUGCCAUCAAUGUCAAAAGAGCGAUAGGAUUGUUGAACGGUGUCAGACCUGCAAUAGUAAGCGUUAUUGUCAUCCAUGCUUGGACACUUGGUACCCCCUUAUAGCAAAAGAAGAUGUUGCCAAGAAAUGCAUGUUCUGCUCUAGUACUUGCAAUUGCAGAGCAUGCUUGCGUCUAGAUACUAAAUUGAAAGGGAUAAAUUCGAACCUCAUAGUCAGCGAGGAAGAAAAGGUCCAAGCCUCUAAGUUUAUUCUGCAGAGCCUUCUCCCACAUCUGAAAGGAAUAAAUGAUGAACAAGUUGCUGAGAAGGAAGUUGAGGCCAAAAUAUACGGACUGAAGUUUGAAGAGGUGAGGCCCCAAGACGCUAAAGCUUUCCCUGAUGAAAGACUAUACUGUGAUAUCUGCAAGACUUCUAUCUAUGAUCUCCAUAGGAAUUGCAAGUCCUGUAGUUUUGAUAUCUGCCUUAGCUGUUGCCUUGAGAUCCGCAAUGGAAAGGCUCUGGCAUGUAAGGAGGAUGUGUCUUGGAAUUAUAUUAACCGAGGUUUAGAGUAUGAACAUGGACAAGAAGGAAAAGUGAUUGAAAAGCCGGCGAAUAAGCUAGAUGAUAAGUUGAAAGAUAAGCUGGAUGGUAAGCCGGAUGAUAAGCCGAAGGGUAAGCCAAAGGGUAGGCCAAAGGGUAAGCCGGAUGAUAAGCCGAAGGGUAAACUGAAGGGUAAGCAGGAUGAUAAACCGGAUGAUAAGCCAGAUGAGAAGCCGGUUAAUACAGACCAUAUGAAGUACCCUUCUCUGUGGAAAGCAAAUGAAGCUGGGAUCAUUACUUGUUGUUGUGGUGCUGGGGAGUUAGUGCUGAAACGACUACUUCCGGAUGGUUGGAUAUCUGAGUUGGUCAACAGAGUUGAAAAAACUGCUGAAGCUGGCGAGCUUUUGAAUUUACCUGAAACGGUUUUGGAGCGAUGCCCUUGUUCUAACUCUGACAGACAUAUUGACAUAGACAGCUGUAAUUUGUUAAAAGCUGCUUGUCGAGAAGGUUCAGAAGACAAUUAUCUUUACUCUCCAAGUGUAUGGGAUGUUCAACAAGAUGAUUUGAAGCAUUUUCAGCACCAUUGGGUAAAAGGCGAGCCUGUGAUUGUGAGAAAUGUGCUUGAAGCUACAUCUGGUUUAAGCUGGGAACCAAUGGUAAUGCAUCGUGCCUGCCGCCAGAUAAGCCAUGUCCAGCAUGGAUCACUUAAGGAUGUUGUUGCUGUUGAUUGUUUGGACUUCUGUGAGGUAAAAGUUAAUCUUCAUGAAUUUUUUACUGGAUACACGGAUGGCCGAUAUGAUCGAAUGGGUUGGCCACUAGUUCUGAAACUGAAAGAUUGGCCUCCAGCUAAAGUCUUCAAAGAUAACUUGCCACGUCAUGCUGAGGAGUUCUUAUGUAGUUUGCCUUUGAAGCAUUACACUCAUCCGGUUAAUGGACCUUUGAAUCUCGCUGUCAAGCUUCCCCAAAAUUGCUUGAAGCCAGACAUGGGACCAAAGACGUACGUUGCUUCUGGAUUUGCUCAAGAAUUAGGCCGUGGAGAUUCUGUUACUAAGCUCCACUGCGACAUGUCUGAUGCGGUGAAUAUUUUGACGCACAUAUCUGAAGUGCCCAAUAUGCAACCUGGAAUUGGAAAUCUGAAAAAGAAGCAUGCCGAACAAGAUCUCAAGGAGCUGUAUAGCUCAGUAGCUAACAAGGAGGAAAUGAUGGAGAUUCUUGAAAAUUCCAGACAACAAGUCCAAAAUGUUGAAACUGAUGAUGGAGCUCUUUGGGACAUUUUCCGUAGAGAAGAUAUUCCUAAAUUAGAAAGUUACAUUGAGAAACAUCACAAGGAGUUCAGACAUCUCUACUGCUGUCCUGUGUCUCAGGUUGUUCAUCCUAUACAUGACCAGAACUUCUAUCUGACGCGGUAUCAUAUAAUGAAGCUGAAAGAAGAAUAUGGCAUUGAACCUUGGACCUUCAAUCAGAAGCUUGGUGAUGCUGUUUUGAUACCUGUAGGUUGCCCUCAUCAAGUUAGAAAUUUGAAGUCCUGCAAUAAGGUAGCGCUUGACUUCGUCUCACCUGAAAAUGUCAGCGAGUGUUUACGCUUGACAAAACAGUAUCGUCUACUUCCACCAAAUCAUUUUGCAAAAGAAGACAAGUUAGGGGUUAAGAAGAUGAUAGUCCAUGCAGUUGAUAAAGCUCUCAGAGACUUAAGUGGAGAGAAGUCUCCAGAACCUGAAGAGAAGAAACAAAAUAUGAGAGGGCCGAAGAAGGGGGCAGCCAAGGCAGUUGCCAAGGCUCUCAAAGACUUAUCUCCAAGUGAAAAGAAGUCUUCGGAAGCAGCUGAAGAGGAGAUAUCAAAUGGGAUAGUCAAUGCAAUCGAUAAGGGUCUCAAAGACUUACCUCCAAGUGAAGAGAAGUCUUCCGAAGCCAAAGUGGAGAUAUCAAAUGGGAUAGUCAGUGCAAUGGAUAAGGAUCUCGAACACAUAUCUUCAAGCGAAAAGAAGUCUACGGAAGAGGAAGGGGUGAAAAGACCAAAUAUUGUGAGGACAUAUGAGCGGAGAAAAAAGCUGGGAAGUGAAGUAACCAACGCAUACAUUGACAGAUUAGAAAUGGAGAAGAUGUAGUAGUAGUAGUAGUUUUCAAUUAACAUCAUCUUUUGUUAUAGCUUUAGCAAACUCUUUUGCUACUUUCAUAUCUCUAAGUUAAACAGAGUAGUACUAAGGGAUAGACUAAGAAGAUACUUAGUUAUAUCUAUGUUUGGCAUAUUUUGUAUUCUCUCCUCAAUCAUCUACAAACUCUGUGAAUUUACUCGAGUCUAAGAAGUAUUUAACUUCAUUCCUGUAGAAAAAUAGCUAUCAACA